ACCCUGAGAACGGAAAUGCAGCGUCGCGGGCAAAGGCCCAAGCCAUACGUGCAUUAGCCAGCAUGGCAGAACAACCGGUGAAGAAUUGCACGAGAAUGACGAAGAACCACAUGAUCGUCCCCCCCGUUUUUCCACCUGCGUUUAAGAAUAUCUGUGCGACCGGUAGACCAGUCGGAGUGGCCAUGAUGUCCUCGUAGUCGGACAUGCAGAAGCAAAAGGUCACCGUGAGCAUCCAGCCCACAACACCAGAUACGAGGAUGGCGGCUCUAAUGGCAACGGGGCCUCGAAUCGCGGCAUCGUGGGUUUCUUCCGACAUGCUAUGCACCAGGAAAGAGAAUCCCUUGCUUCCCCAACCCGAGCCAUCCAUGAACUCAGUGAAGACCCAUUUUGCGCUUUGCUUUUCCGGUGUGAGAAUGAGAAGAGCGAUGCAGAUGCAUACCGAGGCGACGACUAGU